CGGGCGUCUUCUCUCACCCAUCUCCCCCCCUCCAAUGCCUGCCUGACCUGACCUGACCUGACCUCAUUCAUGUCCGUCUUCACUCUGCAUCGACUCCGCCGCCACGUCUGGCUGGGGCUGGCCUUCAACGCACGCCAAUGCCAACACCAACACCAACACCACACGGCCCCGGCCGGCCUCACCGACCCGCCAGUCCUCCAGCUCUUGCUUGAAAUUGGGAGCUGCCAAGGUACCAACUAAGCAAGCCAUGCAGCCAGCAGGGGCCCGCGGAUCCUCCCGAUACGUACCACACCUACUUCUGCAAGAUGUGACAGCUCGGAUGGCCACCCAACUUGCCAACCCAACGGAUAUCGUCAAUGGACUCGGCUGCAGCGCUUGCCAGCAUGCUGUACUUCGUACCUAUCCUCGACCGACGUCCACACAUACAUAUAGGCAUACUAAUGUACUUAGGCAGCCCUCCUUCCCUCCGGUACGCUAGACAUGGACUCUAAAAAUGUGACACAUGCGCGCCUCAGCAGACCACCGUUUCUGCUUCAUCUUGCACACGCCGUGAGGUGGUCCGGGUCGAAUUCGUCGUCAUCGUCGUCGUCGUCGUCGUUGUCGCCGCGUCGUCUCCGCCAUCUUCAACGGUGCCCCUUCCUCCUCACUCGUCUCUGUCCCUGUCCCUGUCUCCAUCCUUGCCCCUGUCCCUGUCCUCAGCCCUAGUCCAAUAGGUACGCUCAGCACGCCCAAUCCGUAAUUGCUGCUGCUGCUGCUACUGCUGCUGCGCCCCGGCCUGCCUCCCUCCUCCCUCGCCUGGCUGUCGACGGGACCGGCCCGCACCAGACCAGACAAAACGAGCGACAAGUCUUCACUCCGAGAGCAGCGACCGCAACAAGGUGGCUGUCGAGCCUGAUUUACUGCUUUUACAGCAAACCCACGACACUGCACAGCACAAACGCCACGCGGGAAGCCUGAACUGCAUCUCAAUCUUACAGCCGUCUGGCCAUCAUGGCAGCCGGCCUCCCGCCGCCUUCGCCUAGUCGCAGCCGCAGUGGCAGGUCGCGUCUACAGCGAGACGAUGACAUCCUGACGGCUCGUCGCGCUGUCACUCUCCCCGCGCCCACUACCUUCAACGAAUACAAGGUCAACAGGCCCCGCGAUGGCGUCGACAAGAAGCCCGCUAUGCUCCGCGUGAAGCCUGCUGGCGAGAGUGGGCGGUGCGGCUUCCAUCCCUGGCACUUCAUCCGCAUCGGCUUCCGGUCAGCCAGCAAGGCCAGUGCUGUUUGCAAUAUCCUCUGGCCCGUCGUCCCUGCCGCUCUGGCUGUGAGAUAUACCCUAUCAGACCGACACAUUCUCACCUUCAUCCUCGCCUACAUCGCCAUGGUUCCUUGCGCCAACCUCAUUGGCUUCGCAGGCCAGGAGUUUGCCCGAAAAGUGCCCCAUGUUGCCGGCGUACUCGUCGAGACUACUUGCGGAUCUGUCGUCGAGAUCAUCCUCUUCAUGGUUCUGCUUCGCUCCGACCUCUUUUACGUCAUCAAGGCCGCUAUUCUUGGCUCCAUUCUCGCCACUAUGCUCCUCUGCCUUGGUCUCUGCUUCUUUGUCGGAGGCUUACGCCGCGAAGAGCAGACCUUCAGUGAUGCCAUCAGUGAAGCCGGAAGUGGCUUGCUGCUCACUGCCGGGGUUGUGCUCGGUGUCCCUACCUUCUUCCGCGUCAGCAUGACCGUCGAACCGACCCAGGCUGGGCUGGUGCCCGAUCAACGAGUUCUCGGCAUCUCUCGUUACAUCUCAAUCCUGCUCAUCAUUUCGUAUUGCGUCUUCGUCUUCUUCCAAGCGCGCACGCACCACGGAAUCUACGAUGCCGUGUUCGAACACGAUGAACACCAUGAUCGCGACAAGCAUAAGGAUCACGACAAGGACAAACUCACCCUGACGGAGUGCAUGAUUGCCCUCGCCAUCUCAAUCGCUCUGGCCACGCUCAUUGCCAUCAUACUCAUCCAACAGAUCGAGUUCAUUAUCGAGGAUGGCCACGUUUCGGAUGCCUUCAUGGGCCUAAUUCUCGUCCCGCUUGUUGAGAAGUUCGCCGAGCACCUGACGGCUAUCGAUGAGGCGUGGGACAACCAGACCAACUUUGCGCUUUCGCAUGUGUUGGGCGCCACGCUGCAGACAGCUCUUUUCAAUGCACCUCUCACCGUCAUUGUGGGCUGGGGAUUGAACAAGGGCAUGAAUCUUGACUUUGAUCUCUUCAACCUCAUCAUGCUGAUUCUGGCCAUCCUUACUGUCGGCCGUUUCCUGCAGGACCAGAAGAGCAACUACUUGGAGGGCUUCCUGCUAGUCAUACUCUAUGUUGCCAUUGCCGUCUCGGCGUUCCACACUCCGGACCCGCCGGGGCAUGGCAGCAACGCAGGGCACAGCGGCGGCGAGAGUGCCGAGGGGGGCCAUUAACGUGACUACGUAGACGACUCGCGGGGGAGGAGCCAUGUCAGUAAAGCGUCGGCUGGUGUAGAACGCUUUGGAAUUGCAUGAAUGUAGAGCAUAUGACUGAUAGCGCCUCGCAAAGGGUAUACACGGCAUCUUCAUGUUGGGAUAGGCAGCGCGGGGCCCGGCGUCACACUAGGGUACGGGCUGGAUGGAGUUGAUUCUACACUUGGGUGGGAGCAAAAUGGAUGCUGAGCAAGGUCAUACUGAAAUAGAUGCAUAGUAUGAUUGUGGCGAGGAUUGAUUCCUAGCCCGCUGGGCGAUGGGGAUUCCCCCACCGUGUCAUUCUUUUCGUUACGCCGUGCAAUGUGUAUCCAAUGUGGUGUGCUCCGGCACCCGCUUCCUUUUCCCUCGCUUUCGUUAUUCAAGAUGAUGGUCAUGUGGGGG